ACAGAUUAUUUUGAGUUUACUGACUAAUAUAUAAUAUAUUGUGUCCUGAGAAUACAAUAAGCAUUACUGAUACAUAUAAUACAAUGGCAGGUCUAAAAAGUGUGUCAGUAUAGUGUUAUUUCACAAAGACGAAUAUAGAUCAAACAAGAUAAUCGCCGUGACCAUGCUUUUGAUUCUGAUCCUGAUUUUUCUGCGGUCAUGUCUGAUUUCAGGUUUGGUGCAUAUCGGCUGUUACGACAUGAGGUUAUUCGAGGACAGAUUUGUCGCAAAUUCAUUCGACGCGUGUGUAGUCACCUGCAGAAACUUUAGAAGUGUCGCCUUCAGAAAAAACUCCUUGGUCUCUGUGCGUUCUCGUGCCUUUGAUGGGCGUCUCCUGGAUUCUCGGCAUCUUCUACGUCAACGAGUCGGCCUCAUUCAUGCAGUAUGUGUUCGCAGUCUGCAACGGGCUUCAGGUCAGAAAUGGCUUCAAGGCGGAAAGAAUCAGGCGUCGAAACAAAUCAAUGGCGAGUUUUUCUCACUGAAUCUGUAUAACGUCUCGAAAUAA